GUCUUUGCGUACUGGGCUGGCAUGCACGGAUUAGCACCCAAGCCCCUCUCGUCCCAUGCUCCCAGUCGGCACCGUAAACUGCGCAACUUUUUGAUCCAGACCUGGUGUUUGCCCAUCGAGAAGGAGCACUAAGACAAUCAGACAUUCUCGAACAAGCGGAACACGGGCACUCCAAUUCCAGCAACAACCAACGACAUACGACCCACGAUCCACGACCUACCUGACGUAUCGAGCGCGUACCCGGUCAUCUACCUAGGUAGUGCCUAUUGCGCACUUUGCGCCCACUAGCCUACUCAUCACAACACUCAUCUUCCAGCGCGAAUGUCUCGUGCUGCUCGGGCAUCCAAGUUGCUAGCACUGGCGGAUUCGGAUUCCGACGAACUUUCCGGCCUUGGCGCAAAAGCCAGCAGCGGCCGCACGUCAGAAGAACAGAAGAUGCCGCCGGCGAAGAAGGCCAGAGGUCGACCUCCGGCCGCCAAUAAAGUCAGGAAGCCAGUGCAACGAGCGACGAAAGCUCGCACGAAUACCAAGAUCGCAGCGGUGGUAGAAAAGGCAGAAUAUGCGGAUGACGUUGACGCUUCGACCAAGAUCCAUGGAAAUUCUUCGCAGAAGGGGCGCAAAGCAGCAGCGAAGUACAGAGGCGACGAUGAGGACAUAGCCGAAACGGAUGAGGAGGUCACUUCUUCGGUUAAGUUGAGUGUCGCCAAGCCUAGAGGGCGCCCGAAGGCCGUAGCUGCUGUAGCAGCAGCAUCCAAUACAGACGAAUCAAAGAAGAUCCAGGAGUCCGUCCUGAAGCGCACCUCGCCGGUGGCCAGUCGAGGGCGCCGCCCCGCGAUCAAGUCAACAACGAACGAAGACUCGGAAAUUCCGGAGACACAGCCUGAAGAUUUCAUGGACAUUGACACAGAAGUUGAUGCCGAAUUCGAGGACUUGCCGGCACCACGGCAGCCUGCCCACCGGUCCAAUAGAACCACGGAGAGCUCGGGCGUGGAAGCAAAUGAGGUGGUGUUGAGGCGGCGGCUGGGCGAGACGACAAGAAAGUACGACAAUUUAGAGGCAAAAUAUCGUGAUCUUCGGGACAUUGGAGUCAAGGCAGCCGAACGAAACUUCGAUAUUCUCAAGAAGGAGAGCGAGGAGCGAGCGAAAACUGCGAAUGAACUCAUAAGUCACCUCAAGGCCGAUCUUGCCGUGCAACGGGACUUGGCAAAGACGGGACAACAGCACCAGAAGCAACUCCAGGAAAUGGAGGCGAAAGUGACAGCAUUGACCACAUCGUUGGCCGAAGCGAAGCAAGAAGUGAAGACGCUAUCGACGAGAUUGGCCGCGAGCAGGUCCGCUGAAGCUGCAGCAAGUGCCAAGGUGGUUCCCGGUAGUGCUGUUAAGAGCGGAAGCGCCGCUGCUGCUCGAGCUAUCGCUAGUUCAGAUGCGGUGCAAACGGGGCAACUGAGGGAGGACCUUUAUGGCGAUUUGACCGGCCUUAUUGUCAGGUUGACGAAGCGCGACUCUGCCGGUCAGGUCUUUGACUGUAUACAGACGGGAAGAAACGGAACACUUCACUUCAAGCUUGAAGUCGAGAGCGAGAGUUCAGGCGAGAAUUACGAAGAAGCACACUUCACGUACAAGCCACAGUUGGACUCAAACCGGGACCGGGACUUGAUUGAUAUGCUCCCUGAUUUCCUGGUCGAAGAGAUCACGUUCCCUCGACCACAUGCAGCGAAGUUCUAUGCGCGGGUGAUCAAGUCUUUGACAGAGCGCAUUGAUUAAUCAUGUCGGUAUGGAUGGUGUUUUUGUCGAGAGUAAAGGCUUUGCGUGGCGGCAAGAAGCAUUUGGAAUUGGACGAUACGAUACCCCAUGAAGACUAUGUUCCUUUACACUGCUUGGAUGUAAAAGGCCUGGCCAACGCCUCGACUUGAGUUGUCAGCUGGAUACGGAUUAUAUCUGACAUUAGAGACGACGGUCUCCGGAUCAAGGCACACAGAACCAGCCGCCAAACCAGGCGCACUGCGAGUAUAGUUUCAUCGCGGCCAGAAACAUGCAUGCGAAGCAAACAACGAUGUGGACCGUCGUCACAUUGGCUACUGAUGUUGUUCAGAGAGGUUCCCAAGUACCCACCUAUCAAGCCUGAGCUGAACAAGUCUUGACAGUGAGAGAGAGCCUUAGUAAAAGAUGAUUAUUGGAGCCUCAUUUGCGUGGUUAAUUCAUCUUCACAGUAGACACCUUGAU